CAUUGUGGCUCCGCAACGCAGCUUCUUUCUCAAGGGAAGCUCCUUCCAGUUCCCGUUGAAACAAACCAAAUUUCCGGCCACAAUUUCCUAUUGACCUAAAUUCUGAUUAUUUCUCCAUAAUUGAGGCAAGACAAAAUGGAUUUUCGGGGUUAUAGCAGUAGACUGGAAACAAAAAACCUGAAUAAAGGCUAUGCUCAGGAGCAGGAAUCUCUUGCUGAUGAUUUCAUUGACGAUUUUCGCUUGCCCAUCAACCAUAAACCAACAGAAAAUGUUGAUCUUGAUAAUGUGGAACAAGCAUCAUUGGACACACAAUUAACUUCAUCGAAUGUUGGAUAUAGGCUUCUACAGAAGAUGGGCUGGAAAGGGAAGGGACUAGGAAAGGAUGAGCAAGGAAUUAUUGAGCCAAUAAAAUCUGGAAUUAGAGAUCCCAAACUUGGAAUUGGAAAACAAGAAGAGGACGAUUUUUUUACUGCAGAGGAAAACAUCCAGCGAAAAAAACUUGAUGUUGAGGUGGAAGAGACUGAGGAACAUGCCAAAAAACGGGAGGUUUUAGCAGAACGUGAGGAGAAAAUUCAAACUGAAGUCAAAGAAAUACGCAAGGUUUUCUAUUGUGAUCUUUGCAACAAACAGUACAAAUUUGCAAUGGAAUUUGAAGCUCAUCUCAGCUCAUAUGAUCACAAUCAUAGAAAGCGUUUUAAAGAAAUGAGAGAAAUGCAUGGUACAAGCAGCCGAGAUGACAGAAACAAGCGGGAACAGCAACGUGAAGAGAAAGAGAUGGCAAAAUUUGCUCAAAUUGCGGAUGCCCGUAAGAAGCAGCAACAGAUGCUGGAUCAACAAGAAAGAUCAGUCGAUGCUCCUGUUUCUACUGAACUUAGAAAUGCUACAUCACUUGCAGAUCAGGAUCAGCGGAAAACAUUAAAAUUUGGAUUCUCUUCUAAAGGUGGCACCUCAAAGAACAUUUUUGGUGGAGCCACAAAGAAACCGAAAGUAGCUACUGUGGCUUCAGUUUUUGGGAACGAUAGCGAUGAUGAAUAGCAAAACAUUUCCCAGGUUGCAUCUUGUAUUAGCAUUAUGAGGUGUUGUAUCUUUAAGGAAUGCCUUCUCGCCCCUAACUUGAAGUUCAUGUAAUCCUAUGGCAGUAGAUGUUCUUGUUUAAACUUGUUACUCGCUAUUAGGACUGUUAACUUAUGUAUAUCAGCUACAAGUUUGGUGUCAAUCUUGCUUCGAGCCAAGUGAUUUGAAGUAUCAUACUCGAAUUUUUGAAAAGACUAUAUGCUUAGAGAAACUUAUAGUUACUAUAAGUACUCCUUGCAAAUGAUAAUACUGGAUAGAAGUUUAUCGUA